CCUAGACGUGAGCAUCGCAAUAAUCCAACGAGGAGUGUAUGCAACCAUAAAACGGCAGCGUCUCACUUCUGUUAUUUAUGGAUAGUGGUAGCUGCUAAAAAUCUUGUUACUGUUGCAUGCAUAGAUUCAUCCGCCAAACCCCGUCGUCUUCCCACCAUCUACUCACUUCCACCUACUCUCUCCCUUUUUUCUAACCGACAGAGAACGCUAUAUAAGAAAAUCAAAUUGAACCUCCGUCACAAUCAUCAUCUCACAACGAUAAGAACAUGAUCACCGUCACGGAGCCGCUCAUCGCCGGCAAGAACCACCGAGAGGGUGGCUUCCGAGCCUUGCCUUUCAUCGUAGCGACUUCGGCAUUUGAGAAAGUUUCGAGUUACGGGCUGUUGCCAAACAUGAUUCUGUAUUUGAGGAGAGAGUAUAGGUUGGAGGCAGCUACAGGGGCAAAUAUACUCUUCUUCUGGUCAGCUGCCACUAAUCUCACGCCAAUUAUUGGGGCUUUUCUCGCCGAUUCUUACUUCGGUCGGUUUCCGGUGAUCGCAUUUGGAUCUGCAAUUAGUCUCCUGGGGACCUUUCUGUUAUGGUUAACAACUGUGAUUCCACAAGCACGGCCGCCCCCUUGUGUACAAUUCAGUGACGGUUGUCCUUCUGCCACAACAUUACAGCUUCUAUUUUUAUAUUUAUCUUUUGGGCUCAUCUCCGUUGGAGCUGGUGGAGUGAGGUCUUCUGCCUUAGCCUUUGGUGCUGAUCAGCUGAGGAAGGGAGAGAACAUUAAAAAUGCACAAAUCCUAGAGAGCUUCUUCAGCUGGUACUAUGCAAUAGCCUCUUUUGCUGUAGUUAUUGCAAUGACUUGUGUUGUUUACAUUCAAGAUGUGAUGGGUUGGAAAGCGGGUUUUGGAGUUCCUGUAGUGCUCAUGAUCAUGUCACCUCUUCUCUUCUUGUUAGCUUCUCCCUUUUAUGUCAAGUCUCGACCCAAGUCAAGCCUGUUUACUAGAUUUGCUCAAGUUGUUGUUGCUGCCUACAAAAAUAGAAGCCUUCCGUUAUCAUCCCAAGUCACCAAUGAAGCAUACCAUAAUUGGAAGGAUACUGUGAUUCUGGCUCCAAGUGAUAAAUUAAGGUUCCUAAACAAAGCUUGCAUCAUCAGAAAUCCUCUAGAAGACCUGACACCAGAUGGAAGAGCUUCAGAUCCGUGGAGUCUUUGUACAGUAGAUCAAGUAGAAGAGCUAAAGGCUAUUGUCAAGAUAAUCCCAAUAUGGUCAGCAGGAAUAAUCAUGGCUGUGACUGUAAGCCAAAGCUCUUUUCUUGUGCUCCAGGCAUCCACCAUGGACCGACACAUGACUUCAAAUUUUGAAGUUCCUGCUGGCUCCCUCAACGUUUUCUUGGUUAUCUCCCUUGUAGUAUGGAUUAGCCUCUAUGAUCGUGUAAUUAUCCCUCUAGCAUCAAAACUCAAGGGACAACCAGUUCGUUUAAGCUUGAAACAAAGAAUGGGAAUUGGGAUUCUACUCUCUUCAGCGUCCAUGGUAGCAUUAGCAGUCGUAGAAUGCAUCCGACGAGAAACUGCAAUCAGGGAAGGAUUUAUAGAUGACCCUAACGCUGUAGUUCACAUGUCUGCAAUGUGGUUAUUGCCAUACAAUAUCCUUGGUGGAUUAGCAGAGGCCUUUGGUGCAAUUGGACAGAACGAAUUCUACUACACUGAGUUGCCCAAAUGCAUGUCUAGCAUAGCUGUCACUUUGGUUGAAAUGGGAUUUUCUGCUGCAAAUCUUGUUGCAAGUUUUAUAAUGACUAGUAUUGAUUAUUUUACUAAAAGAGGAGGAGAGGGGAGUUGGGUAUCAAGCAACAUUAAUAGGGGUCACUAUGAUUAUUAUUACUGGCUUCUUGCUAGUCUUAGCUUGAUUAACUUUUUGUAUUAUCUUGUUUGCAGCAAGGCUUAUGGUCCUUGCAACGCAGAAAGAGAUAAUCACCCUGAUGAAAGUACAAGUGAGGGCAUUGAUUAGUUAUUAAGGUCAAGAAACAGAAGUUGUUCGCUAAU